AGUCGUGCCGGGAACCACUGGGCGACGCGUCACGACCUCUUUCCUCCUCCGUCGUCUCCCGGUGUCCGGUCAUGGUUCUAAACCGCCCAGGGGGAAAACUAUGGAUGUACAGUUCGUGUGUUCUGUUUUGUUCCGAGUUCGUUUUCGUUCCCCAGUGGUGAGUUAAUCUAACGUGACCGUAGCCGAACCGUCGACCGCACUAAUGGAUCCUGGUGGUGAAGCCGCCGCUUCCUCCUCUUCCUCUUCCUCCUCCUCCUCCUCCGAGGCUCAGACGGUUUCCUCCGAGGUUCCGCGGGAACCGAACCCGGAACUGAAGAAACUGUUGCUCUUCAAAGUCUACAAGCGACGGUGGUUCGUGCUGCUGGUGCUGUGUCUGUUGAACUGCUCCAACGCGAUGAUCUGGCUGACCUUCGCACCAGUAGCCGACCAGUCUGCCCGUUACCUGAAGGUCAGUCUGGAGGCAAUCAACUGGUUGUCGCUGGUCUACAUGGUGGUCGCCAUCCCGCUCAGCUUCGCCACCACGUGGAUGCUGGACACGCUCGGGCUGCGGAUCACGCUGAUCCUGGGCUCGUGGCUGAACAUGUUCGGCGCCAUCCUGCGCUACCUGGCCGUGCAGCCCGGCGCAGGCGAGGCCAACAUGUACGCGAUAGUGAUGCUGGGUCAGACCCUCGGCGCCGUGGCCCAGCCGCUCAUCAUAUUCACCCCCACCAAGCUGGCGGCGCUCUGGUUCCCCGAGCACCAGCGGGCCACGGCCAACACCAUCGCCUCCAUGUCCAAUCCCCUCGGCAUCCUGCUCGCCAACAUCGUCUCCCCUACGAUGGCUCGGACGGCCGAUCAGAUCCCCGUCCUGUUGCUCGCCUACGCCAUCCCGGCGUGCCUCAUCUGUUUCCUGGCGACCGUGGGGAUACGGAGCAGCACUCCCCACACGCCGCCGUCGGCCAGCGCCGAGUCGUCGGGCUCCGAGCCGUUCGUGCAGGGCAUCAAACUGCUGCUGAAGAACAGAGCCUACCUCGUGCUGCUGCUCUGCUUCGGCUCGGGCAUCGCCGCGUUCACCUGCUUCUCCACGCUGCUGGAGCAGAUCCUGUGCGUGCAGGGAUACGCCAACGACUUCGCCGGUUUGUGCGGCGCCCUCUUCAUCGUCUUCGGCAUCGUCGGCGCCGGCGCCCUGGGACUGUACGUGGACAAGACCAAGAGGUUCAUCGAGGCCACGAAGGUCAACAUGAGCCUCACCGCUCUGGCCCUCAUCGCCUUCUCCGUGGUGUCUCUGAUGCGGCAGCAGAAAGUCGCCGUGGCGACCGUCUGCUCGCUCUUCGGCUUCUUCGGCUUCUCCAUCUACCCGGUUGCCAUGGAGCUGUCGGUGGAGUGUUCGUAUCCGGUCGGAGAGGCCACGUCUGCCGGGCUCAUCUUUGUGUCGGGACAGGUGCAGUCUGUUCUCUACAUCGUCCUCCUCCAGGCUCUGACCAAACGACUCGCCGCCUCGCCGCUGUCCACCUGCGGGGACGCCGUCCUCAGCUGGAAGGUGUCGUCCCUCGUCAUGUCCGGACUCUUCAGCUUCUUCACCUGCGGCUUCGUCCUCUUCUUCCACACGAGGUACCGACGCCUGGAGGCGGAGCAGGAAGCCACGUACGGCACCAAACCAAUCAAGAGCCCGGCGGCCGGUGACCUCACGCUGGGCGUGGACGCGGUCGAGCGGUAGUUUGUCUUGUGGCGGUUGAUUUUUAGAAAUCACAAUAAUUCUUUUUGUACAAUAACCGCUGCCGUACGUUGAGGUGCGACGACGACACACUGGGUACUAAAACAAAAUACUUUACACACAAAGUGCUUAUUUCCAGAUAUUCAAAUCUGUCAGUUAGACGUAACAUUCCUUUACUGAUGAGAGGAUUCAAAUGAUCUCAGUUCUUCCACGAGACGAGACUAUUAUAUUUUUUAUGAAAUUUUAUGAUGAGAGUAAACAGAGACGAACCAAAAACAUGAGAUAAAAACACGAGAAACGUCGUGGCCUCACUUCUUACAGUGUUUCUGAAACUAUAGGACGUUGUUGCUUAUUUGAACUAACUAACUAACUGACUAACUCUUAAUCUGUUGAUGUGGUUAAAGCUUUUUAGACACUAGACUCAGAUAUGGAACUCAAACACCACAGGGACCUUGUGGGAAAGUAGUAGUUCAAUGAGUUUGGGCUGCAACUGAGGAUUAUUUUCCUAAUCGAUUAAUCUGUCGAUUAUUUUCUCGAUUUUAAAAGUUGUUUGGUCCAAAAUGUCGAUCGUGUUCCCCAAAACCUCAAGACGAUGUUUUGUUUCGUCCACACACCAAAGAUAUUCAGUUUUAC